AUGAACGCUGAUACCAUGGGCCCAACUCUUGAAAAGAGACGAACUAUAGUCCAUCCCAACGGGCAAUCGACGGCCUACUUCUACGAUUCCUAUGCAGACCCGUGGAAGGAUAAUGAGACUAUUCUGAUUCAGCACGGGUUCGCUCGCACUGCUGAUCAUUUCUAUCAUUGGGUACCGGCUUUGGCACGACAAUACAAUGUUAUCAGGCGGGACCUUCGCGGUCACGGCGGAUCAAGCUACCCUCGGCCAGAUCAGGCGUACAACUACUCAGUAACUACCAUAUUGGAGGAGAUCAGAGAUACAUUAGACCAACUAGGGAUUACACGGGUACAUUUUAUUGGGGAAUCCACCAGUGGUAUGUUAGCCGUUGCCUUCGCCGCGACCUAUCCAGACCGCCUCAGCUCCAUCACUCUGUGCUCGUCGCCGAUGUACCUGCCUCCUGCUGGUCAGCAAUUCCUGGCGUUUGGUGAAGAGUCUUGGCCAACCGCGUUACGCAAGCUUGGUACCCGUGGGUGGGCAGAGCGGAUUGCCGCAUCUCCAGGAACGAUGGCGGUUGAUGAUCCUGGGUACCGCAAGUGGUGGAUGAACCGCGUUUGCUCCAGCGAUAGCGAAGGCUUGGCGGGAUAUGCCGAAUUCUUGAGCAGAUUCGAUGCAAGGCCCUAUGUAGAUGGUGUACGGGCGCCAAUGUUGAUUCUAGCUCCGACUAAGAGCGCUGUACUGAGCGCCGAAUCUGUCCGCGAACUCGCUGCUCGGGUCCCUACCGCCACAGUAGAAUUCAUCGAGGCCAGCGGUCACGAAAUCUACUAUGAAGCCGCUGAUACAUGCUUGGCAACGCUGCUCCGCUUUCUCAGCCAGAUUGGAAACAGUUUAACUGGCACAACUUGA